UUCUAUCGUUGUCCAAAGCUCAGAUACAUUUGCAAGUUCUAUAGUUGUCUACAGCUCAGUUUUAUCAGCAAACCUUCAUUAUCGCCUUUUUGCAAAUCAGUUGUGUCAAAAUCAGCAACAUCCAGUGAACGACAGUUCGAGCAUCGUCAGCCAACUGAGAACAAUGGGGUCGAGCAAUCGGCCCUUAUCAUCAUGGCUAUCACUAGCUACUCUAAUUGCUACUCUGGCUGUUGUGAGCCAAUGCGUGGAGAUGCUGGAAAUGGAUGCGCAUGCGUCGUUAACCUUCUGCGAGAGUCAUGUACUUUCUCGAGGAUACAAUUGCGAAGAGCAUCAGGUAUAUUCGCAGGAUGGUUAUCGGGUCAUACCUCGGGGCAGCCUGAAAAACUCUGUGUGGGAAUGGCUGGAGCUGAAGCUCCAACAUAAGCAAAAACACAAGGGGCUCUUCCCUGGGUUCAAGAAACCACGCCCAGCUCCUGAGGCUGUACCCUCGAACACAAGUCCUAGCAGCAGGUCAGAAAGUCCACCAUCUCCAAGUCCUCCUCCUUCCUCCUUCUCGGCUCCAAGUGAAGGAGCAUAUGGAGGACCAUCUCCGCCGUCGUCCUCCUACUUUCCACCUGCUGCAUAUGGAGGUCCCAGUGAUCCGUCCUCCUCCUCGCCUCCAAGUGAAGGCACAUAUGGAGGAGCAUCUCCGCCAUCGUCUUCGAGUUCUCCACCUGGUGGAUUUGGAAGUCCCAGUGAUCCGUCCUCCUCCUCGCCUCCAAGUGAAGGCACAUAUGGAGGAGCAUCUCCGCCAUCUUCUUCGAGCUCUCCACCUGGUGGAUAUGGAGGUCCCAGUGAUCCGUCCUCCUCCUCGCCUCCAAGUGAAGGCACAUAUGGAGGAGCAUCUCCGCCAUCGUCUUCGAGUUCUCCACCUGGUGGAUAUGGAGGUCCCAGUGAUCCGUCCUCCUCCUCGCCUCCAAGUGAAGGCACAUAUGGAGGAGCAUCUCCGCCAUCUUCUUCGAGCUCUCCACCUGGUGGAUAUGGAGGUCCCAGUGAUCCGUCCUCCUCCUCGCCUCCAAGUGAAGGCACAUAUGGAGGAGCAUCUCCGCCAUCGUCUUCGAGUUCUCCACCUGGUGGAUAUGGAAGUCCCAGUGAUCCGUCCUCCUCCUCGCCUCCAAGUGAAGGCACAUAUGGAGGAGCAUCUCCGCCAUCUUCUUCGAGCUCUCCACCUGGUGGAUAUGGAGGUCCCAGUGAUCCGUCCUCCUCCUCGCCUCCAAGUGAAGGCACAUAUGGAGGAGCAUCUCCGCCAUCUUCUUCGAGCUCUCCACCUGGUGGAUAUGGAGGUCCCAGUGAUCCGUCCUCCUCCUCGCCUCCAAGUGAAGGCACAUAUGGAGAAGCAUCUCCGCCAUCUUCUUCAAGCUCUCCACCUGGUGGAUAUGGAGGUCCCAGUGAUCCGUCCUCCUCCUCGCCUCCAAGUGAAGGCACAUAUGGAGGAGCAUCUCCGCCAUCGUCUUCGAGCUCUCCACCUGGUGGAUAUGGAGGUCCCAGUGUUCCCUUCUCCUCCUUGCCUCCAAGUGAAGGCACAUAUGGAGGAGCAUCUCCGCCAUCGUCUUCGAGCUCUCCACCUGGUGGAUAUGGAGGUCCCAGUGAUCCGUCCUCCUCCUCGCCUUCAAGUGAAGGCACAUAUGUAGGAUUAUCUCCGCCAUCGUCCUCCUUCUUUCCGCCCGGUGAAUAUGGAGGUCCUACUCCUUCUGCGGUCUCCCCACCAGGCGCAAGCACAUAUGGAGGAUCGAACUCAGCUCCAUCGUCUUACUCUUCCCCGGCAGCCGCUAGAUAUGGGGCACCCAGUCCCGCCAGUUCUAGGAACUCACCACCAAGUGCCGGCACAAUAGGAGGAGGAUCUUCAUCUCCCACGUCCUUCGACCCUCCUCCUGCUGCUGGCGGAUAUGGAGCACCGAGUCCUGCUGAAACGGAGCCAUACGGAAAAGAAUCCACGCCGCCGCCUUCCUACUCUCUACCCACUCCUUCAGAAUCGAACUCGCCACCAGGUGCAGGGAAUUACGGAGAGGGAUCAUCAGGACCAUCAACAUCUGCUAUUUCCCCACCACCUGGUAGAUCCGGAUACGGAGGCUUGCCACCAUCGUCAACGAGCUCCCCACCGAAUGGGUCAGGAGGAUCUACUUCCAGUGCUGAAUGUCCACCUGGCUUGUCCUCGCUGAACAUUGCAAGAAGGGGACUUACUAGCAGCAAUGGCCGAGAGCAACCUCGGACUCCAACCCGAAAUGCAGAACUCGUCGACCGGGACCAGGUUCUGCUCAUGCACCACGAGCUUCUCAACAGGGGCACCUGGUUCACGCCCGUGGCCACUCUGCUCACGCUCAGGGUCAUGGACCAGGGCUUCGAUGUGUGGAUCGGUCACGAGCCGGCGACGCUCUGGAGCCACGAGCAUCGGAAGCCUACUCCCAACGAUGCUGCGUACUGGAACUGGACUUGGGAUCAGCACGUAGAGCUGCUGACAUACAUCAGCGGCGAGACCGGUUCCAAAGUGCAUAUUGUUGGCUUCUCUCUGAGCGCCGCAGUCGGGGCAGCCGCAGCCACGAACGCUGGCGUCACCAGUCUCAUGAAAACUCUGACUCUGAUAGCUCCCGCCUUCUAUCGGGGGAAGACUACUUCAGAGUUCCUGCAAGCCUGGGAUCCUAUUCCAUUUCCCUCGGCCUUGGGCACGAGCGACGACGAAUGGCACGACAACAGGCUCGGUGCGUUCAACUUUCCGAGGGAGUUUCUUCUAGAUGCCAUUCCAUUGACCGGCCCCACUUCUCGUCUGCGGUUCGCCAUCUCGGGCCCCGAUUGUUGCCUGGGUCCGAGUGUGCUCUCGCUUGCCAAGGGGUGGGAUGGAGUGACGUCGUACAAGAAUCUCGAGCACCUCCAUCAGGGAAUCUCGACGAGUACCUUUCAGCACUUCGAAUACGGGUCGGCAGCCUUCAAUGCGCUGGCAUACGAGGGCAAAACCGACCCUCCGACUUACGAGCCCAAAGAUAUUCCCAGCGACCUUCCGAUGUUGGUGGUCUACGGAGGGCAGGAUUUAUACUCGCCUCCCGAAGGUGCGCUGGAAUUCAUGAGCUUGACGCAGACUAUGAAACUUAUUCAUGAAACUUAUUAAUCCAUGGUCCCAGUAGUAGUAGUUAGUGAUAAUAGAAAUAUCAUCAGGAGCUGUUGUUGGAGAGGUUUAUGCCUUCAAUCGUACGAUUAGUCCCAGUAGUCUAUAGAGGUAUAGAUAUCUCAAUAAGCAAAAUGAGCUGUUGCCCAUAUGAUAUUCAUGCGGAGAUAGCCACAAUUUAUUCAGUACUUGACGUAGAAUCAACUUUUACUGGUUAUGUACCAUUUCACCGAUGGG